AUGAAGUUACUCUCCAUCGGCGCCCUUCUCGCACUGCUCUUCUGCGUCUCUUUAGUGGACAGCAAGCGAAGUCCAGACACGGACACUAGUGAAGACGCGCUUGACCAUGGUCCGAAAUUUUGCUUCAAUAAGGAAGAUAUGAAGAUAAUACAACUGCAUCUCUACCAACACAUCAACGAGCUCUUUAUGCUCCUCUAUGAGUGCAAGAAGCGGGGUAUCCCAGCAACCGAGUGUUACUUCACCUUGGAUGACCACGUCAGCGAACCACAUCGUGAGAGGCCAUACGAAUCGGGUAAUGAGGCUCCGCCUGGCUCAACAGACUAUCGAACGGACCAACCGUCCUUCCAUUCAUCUGGAGGGACAAAUGAACCGCAGCCCUUCCAUCACCCUGGGGAACAAAGGCCACCUCCACAUCAUCCAUUGCCUGAACCACCAAACCACACUCUAUCCACUAAUUUCCAAGGCAAUCAUUCCUUCCCGUCUUUUCAAAGGAGAGGCUACAAAAAUUAUCGAGGGAAUCGACGACCUUCCCACAUGAAUACAGAAGCUAGAAAUGUUUCUUCGGAAUAUGAGUGGCAUGUAUCUCAAUGUCUCACUCUGUUUUACGUGACGGCGCAGGCAUCUCAUCAGCCACCGGUAGUUGGAACUCACAUUCCGCACAAUUCGAAUCAGACACCGCAUACAUCGAAUGAUGGCCCUUGA